AUGGAUGAUACUGUCUCGAGUAUGGUAGCCCAGAAUAUUAGAGAGUUGUUCGCUAUUUGUGGAGUUGAAAACAGCGAGGAGCUUCUUAAGUCACUUACUGCGCAUGCUGUGAACCAUCUUCGCGAAGCCCAGCUCAGGACUGGAAAAUGCAGCGGGACCGAAUCCAUCUCCCGGCCAAAAGCAACGACAUUCGAAACUCCCCUCACUCCGCCAAACGGCACGCGUGGAUCUGAGCGCCUUGAGAAACUGGCUGCAACGGAGGGUAGAACGACCUACAAUGAUAUGGUUGGCCCGGGAGAGCGGAAAAGGAAGAAGUGGAAAGGCGGUCAUGGCUUGAAGUUGAUGGAUCAGCAACCCCGAGCAUCUAGGAGUAAUGAAAGUGGAACUUCUAGCGAUAGUGCUCCCCAGAGAACCCCGUCGCAUCAAACGCACCAAACGUUUCAAGCCGACGAAACCAACCCACAGCGGUUGCCGACACCCCGUGAUAGCUCCUUGCCAUCAAUUUUUGGUUCAGCCUCUGAAAUGAAGAUCGUAACAACGAUAAUCAUGGAAUGCGUCAAUUCGAAUUCCGCUAUAGCGAAGUAUGGGUACAGUAUCAUCGUGUAUCGCUCAGGCUAUGAUACCCUCGGGCCUUAA